AUGUAUGCAUCAAACCCUAAUCAGACGUUUGAUCAUCAUCACAUUGCGCCUGGUUUCACAAACCAAAAUCAGACGUUUGAUCACCAUCAUCAUCAUCAUCAUCACAUUCCGCCAUCUGGUUUCACACACCAUUAUUAUGAUGAAAAUCCCACACAUGCACUUCAUCAUCAUCAUCAGUACACAUCAGAAGGCCCUUGGUCUUCCGGGUUGUGUGACUGCUGCUCCGAUUGCUCAACCUUUUGCUUGACAUUUUGGUGUCCAUGCAUUGUUUUUGGAAGAAUUGCGGAGAUUGUUGAUAAAGGAUCUUCAUCUUGUGGCGUGAGUGGCGCACUUUAUUUCUUAAUUUCAGCGCUGACUGGCUGCGGAUGCUUCUACUCUUGCUGCUAUCGCUCCAAAAUGAGGCAGCAAUACAUGUUAAGUGAAAGCCCUUGUAACGAUUGUUUGGUUCAUUUUUGCUGCGAGGGCUGUGCCUUGGUUCAAGAGUAUCGCGAGCUCAAAGGCCGUGGAUUCGACAUGUCUCUUGGAUGGCAUGGCAAUUUGGAGAGGCAAAAUAGGGGAGUGGUAAUGGCUCCAUCAGCCCCAGUUAUGGAAGAUAGGAUGAAAAGAUAG